AUUUCCCGCAGUACCUGAACGCAGCUUUCCGCCAAACCGGAUCUUACGUUUACUUCCUGCCUCACGGACCACAGACGCGGGGUAGCUUACAAAUUAGCGAUGUCAGGUGUUGAAGAAACAUCAAAUGACUCUGUAGAGGUUAAAGAAAACAAAGAGUUUGAUGUAGAGGCUGAGGACCACCUCGGGGAGGAUUAUGUUGUUGACCCGACUCGAUAUAUAUUUUACAGAGACAGAAAAGAGUGGGCCGACCUGGAGCCUGUUCCUCAGGAUGACGGACCAAAUCCUGUAGUGAAGAUCGCCUACUCUGAAAAGUUCUCAGAUGUUUAUGACUAUUUCCGUGCGCUCCUGAAGAAUGAUGAAAGAAGUGAGCGGGCCUUUGGCUUGACAGCAGAAGCCAUCGAGCUAAAUGCAGCAAAUUACACAGUGUGGCACUAUCGACGAGUACUACUUCAAGCCCUAUCAAAGGACUUGAGGGAGGAGAUGAGGUACAUUACUGCCAUUAUUGAGGAGCAACCCAAAAACUAUCAAGUCUGGCAUCACAGACGUAUGGUGGUGGAGUGGUUGAAUGACCCCUCAGAGGAACUGGAGUUCAUCGCGGACAUUCUCAGCCAAGAUGCAAAGAACUACCACGCUUGGCAGCACAGACAGUGGGUCAUCCAGGAGUACAAACUGUGGGAUAAUGAGCUGGAGUUUGUGGAGAACCUUUUGGAAGAAGAUGUGAGGAAUAACUCUGCAUGGAACCAGAGGCAUUUUGUAAUCUCUCACACUACAGGUUUCUCUGAUCCAACCAUAGUGGAGAGAGAGAUUCAGUAUUGUCUGAACCAGAUCAGGAAGGCUCCCCAUAAUGAGAGCGCAUGGAACUAUUUAAAAGGGAUGCUGCAAGACAGAGGUCUGUCUACUCAGCCAGGUCUGCUGGAGAGAGUCCAGGAGCUGAAGGAGUCACACUGUUCACCUUACCUUCUAGCAUUUCUCUUUGAUUGCUAUGAAGAUGCCUUGGAGAACAGCAACCAAAAGGAAAAUGUGGAGGAAGAGAAACAAAAAGAAAAUUUAAGAACGGCUCUAGAAAUUUGUGAACUUCUAGCGCAGGAGAAGGACACCAUCCGUAAAGAGUACUGGCUGUUUUUGGGACGUUCUUUAAAGAGCAAAUAUGGAAGCAGUUGUCCCUCCGAUGAGCCUGUGGGACACAACCCUGAGCCAUCAGUCCCAUUGUCUGGGCAGCAGGCGAUGAGCUAGACCUACAGGAGACUCACACCACUUCCCCUCCCAUCCUGCUUUGUCAAUACUAUCGGCAACACCAGUCCAGUCCAUGUGGUUUGAUAUUACUGUAAAUUGCAAUAAUGUUUAUUGCUGAAGAAGUUUCUUAAAAUAACCACUAACAUGAGGUAGUCUAGGGAAAGGCAUUGAGACUGACAUUAAGAGAUACAAGUAAAAGAAUACUUUGAA